AUACAUUCGUUUUAUUCAACGCUCGAGUGAAACUAAAUCCAGUUACAAUCAAGAUGACUGAAACCACCACCGAAGUUGCCGCCGUGGCCCCAGCUGCUGCCUCGCCAGCCAAGGCCCCGAAGAAGACCAAAGCCGCCAAAGGAGACGCCAAAAAGCCAAAGAAGCCAGCCACUCAUCCACCAGCGAACGAAAUGGUCUUGGCCGCUCUCAAGAAUCUGAAGGAACGGAAGGGAUCUUCAUUGCAGGCCGUCAAGAAGUACAUCGGGGCCAAUUACAAGUGCGACGUGGCCAAGUUGUCCAUUUUCAUCAGGAAGGCUCUGAAAGCUGGCGUCGAGAAGGGCACCUACGUUCAGACCAAGGGAUCCGGUGCUUCAGGAUCAUUCAAGCUGAAGGACAAGAAGGCUGCCGCUGAGAAGAAGCCCAAGAAGGCUGCAGGUGAGAAAAAGAAGGCUGUCAAGAAACCAGCUGCGAAGAAAGCCACUGGCGAGAAGAAGGUCAAGAAGCCUGCUGCCAAGAAACCAGCUGAGAAGAAGGCCAAAGCAGCCGGUGCCAAGGCCGCCAAGAAAGCCGGAACAGUGAAGAAGGCUGCUGCUCCCAAGCAAAAGGCUACCAAACCAUCGAAGGCUGCUGCCAAGAAGCCCAAGACUCCCAAGCCAAAAAAGGCUGCUCCAGCUAAGAAAGCUGCUCCGAAAAAAGCAGCUGCUAAGAGCAAGAAGUAAGCGUGGGUUCAACGCCGUUUGAGUGGAAAAUCGUACAAAAAUCAGUCCUUUUCAGGACUACCAGCAUGAUCUCAGUAAAGAGUUAUAAGUUGAAAAUGAUUCCUGAUAUUUAAUGUCUUCUAGUCAUAAAUUUGAAUUUCACAUUACUUCUUAACUGGUACAUGUAUUGAGUAUUGAAUCAUGUUUUUGAAUAAUGUCUGUUGGAAAGAUUCAAUGCGACGUCGUUUUGUUUCAUAUAAAAAACGGACCUUGCUAUCUAGUAUGAAACCCAGUAUUACAAUGCAUAACCUUCUUCUUGUGA